CAGGGUACGCACAACAGGCAUGCGCUGCAUUUUUUGGGUCGUUCUGCCUGUUGUCCACACCCUCUUUUUCCUUCCAUUAUGUAGCAAAUGUGUAGUAGCCGUGUAGAGUUUUUUUCAUAAAGAAAAAAACGCAGGACGCCGCCGCCGCUUGAAAAAAUCGCCAGCCAAAGGAAGGUGAAAAUUUAGCCAAAAACAGACCCACGGUGCCGCAGAAACGUGUCUGAAGAAGGGGGCCCCUCUGCGCGUCUACAGCAAAACAACAAGAAGAACAAGAACAAGAUGUCUGACAUUUCCAGCGAGGACCUGCGCCGCGAAGUGCAGGCGGUGCUGAAGGACGCCGAUUUGGCCACCAUCUCGGCCAAGCGGGUGCGCGAGCAGGUAGAGGGAAAACUCAAUUGCUCGCUGCUCGGCCGCAAGAAGGAGUUCGACAAGAUUGUCAUGGAGGUGAUAAACGAGCAGCAGGACGAAGAGGAAGAUGACGACGAUGACAAGGAUCCCGAUGCCGAUCCGGACGAUGAGAGCGAGCCAAGCGAGGAGGAGUCUCCCAGCAGCAGCGAGGAGGAGAAGGCCAAGAAGAAGCCGGUACAGAAAAAGCGGCCACAGCCGACCAAGCACAAGGCGCCUAAGAAGAAGCGCAAGACACUUAACGCCGACGACUCGGGCACCGAAAGCGAUGCAGGCUCCGAUUCCGACUACGAGGUGGUCAAGAAGCCGCCCGCGAAGAAGAAGACCAAGGCCGCCGGCGGCGGUAGUUCCGGCACGGGUGCCCCUCGCAAGAGCACCGGCUUCACCCGCGCCUACAAUCUCUCGCCCGAGCUGUCCGCCCUCAUGGGCGCCCCCUCGCUGCCCCGGCACGAGGUGGUAAAGAAAGUCUGGGCCAUCAUCAAGGAGCGGGAUCUGUACGAUCCGAAGAACAAGCAGUUUGCCAUCUGCGACGAGGAGCUGAUGAAGGUCAUGAAGAUCCGCCGAUUCCGCACCUUUGGCAUGCUGAAGCACCUCAAGCCGCAUUUCCUUGACUAAGCGUGAAGAGGAGGAGGAGGAGCACUCUCCACCCAGAUCCCAUCCAGAUGCAAACGGUCAGCAUGCACCACCACCACAGACACCAACCAACACAAGCACACGCACACUAACAUCUCUAUACAUCGCAUCGCUUAAUAUUAGUUUAGUUUUUCCAUUUUUCUCUUCAGUCAUGUCACCGCAAACCUUUCGGCUCUGUUCCAAUCUUUUAAGACUUACUUUUACGCGAUGUAGACAGCGACCAGGACAACCAACGACAGCGAGAACCAGGAAACGAUGGACUCCGACGAUAAUGACGCCCCAUUUGACUCCUUUGGGGAGCCACAGCCACAGUAGCAAUGUGUUUAGCAUUAAAACCUUAAUUAAGACGGAUCUACAGAACAAUUUUUAUGUAGUCUACGGCAUUUUAAUUAUACAUAAAAAAUUAUAUUUAAAAACAACUGCGACUAACAAAACGAAUUGUAACAACAACAACAAUACAUGAUGAAGAAGAAACGAAUUGUAUAAUUUUUUGUGUAACGUACUCUCGUGUGUAAUUUACAUUUUAUAACAAAUCAAAGAAAAACAAACAAUUUUAAGGCAUAAUAAUCAAGAAUAAACUUUGAAAUAGACGACGAGCAAUGA